CAAUAUAAGAUUGGAAAAUCUGUUACCCCUGGGAACCCAUCUUCUCAUCCAGAUAUGAUCAUGACACCAUCUAGCAGCAUGGACGAAAGCAUCCAUUCUCAGCCCCCAUUCUCCUCAGCUCCUUCAGAGCCUUCGACUCCCAACUGUACUGUGAAAUUGCAGGUAGGGGAGCGCUGGUUUACCACCACCCCGGAUACCCUGGUAUCUAGAAGCACAUAUUUCGAAGCCCUACUAUCCAGUCGCUGGAAUACCAUGAGAGAAGAUGGAUCCUACUUCAUCGACUCCGACCCCAGUCUAUUCGAGCAUAUCCUGCGAUACCUCCGCCGGCCCAACGUCUUUCCAAUUUUCUACGACCCGGCGAAGGGCCAUGACCUUGUGCUGUACAACUCCCUGCUCGAAGAAGCCAGAUACUUCGGGAUCGACGCCCUGGUCAACUGGUUUGAGGGAGAAGGAUACCUGGGCAACGUCACUGUCAACCACACCGUUAGUGUGAUUGAUGGGGAGCCGUCAUUUCCAGGCAUCGUCUAUGACGAAAAACAAGAUCCCAAUACUUUGGUGACUUUCCAUCCGCAAUUGGUCCCAGUGAAGGUGUAUGUGUGCCCGCGGGGGCUAUAUGUGCAUCGUGGACAGCAGUGGAAGUGUGGAAAUGCUUGCCGGAAGGCGCAAGGCGAUGGUCCUCCUAUGUACGAAGAAGAGAUGGAGCAGAGGAUUGUGGUUAUAAAGACAACAACCACCGUCGGGGCAGGCGUGGACACUCAUCAUGAUCGAAUGUGUGGGGUGUGGAAAACGCAUGGAGUGAAUGGACCGAGCCUUAUAUAGGCAGAAGGGACAGCUGACCGAGUUAUGUUGAAACGGUAUUCAUGUCGUUCGCUCACAGAGUUAUGGCAUAUCUGCCUCGAAAUGAUGAAAAUAAUCAUUAUCUGUAAUAACUAUUCUACUAUGUAU